AUGAAUAGCCGAGACGAAUUUGCAUUAUCAACUAUUGCAAAUUCGGUAAGGGGGGCUAUUCGGCAGCAACGAUCUCAAAUAAUGCAAGCUACGAGAGAAAAUUUUAGACCAUCAUUUCAAUUAUCCGGAAGCCCAAGAGGCAGGCCAAGACAGUCAGCCAAAAAAUGCACUCUUUUCUUAUUACGUAGAUCAAAUGCCGACUAUUAUCCAUGCGUGACCGAAUGUGCUUACUUACAAGAAAAUGGUUUUGGUAAGAAAAUUGUUGAAUUUAAAUUGAAUUGGUCGAUGACUAGAGUCCAAAGAUAUAUUUGUGAAGUAUAUUCAAGAGUGCAAUUAGAAUCGGUCGGAUUUCGUUUCGGAAAAUGUGCUAAAGAUAAAAAAAUAACACUAUUAACAUUGGAUACACUUGAGGAGUUAUUAAAUGAAGUGCCUAGAGGAACAAUCAUUAUUAUCCCAAACAGAGAUUUGUCUUGUGCUGAUUAUACAAUAACUACCGAAAAUGUUGAUAUCUCAUAUGAAAACUCAUCAGCAGAAGAUUUAGAACAUAGACAUAACAGACGUAUUAGAAGACCUUCUUUACAAAUACAACCAAGUAGUUCUAGAGAAGAAGCAAACAACAACAAUGAAUCUGAUGAUAAUAAUUAUCAAGAUAGUCACGAUUAUAAUACAAGGAAUAGACGAAUUAUCAGAAGAGAGCCUGUAAAUAUACAAUCAGAUUCUCGAUUACAAAAUAACGAUGAAUCUGAUGAUGAUUAUCAAAAUAUUCAGAAUCAGAAUAGAUUAAUCAGUAGAAGACUCUCUUUUCAAAAUGACCAAAAUUCAA